AUGGACUAUGCCCUUUGUGAGGCUGCCCGGCACAACAUGGAAGGCAUCACCAGGGCGGUCACCUUCUAUGAUAUCAACUGUCAAUACAACAAGCACUUUCGGGUUCGGGUGGAUCGAAGCCGAUUUCUUGAAAUGGUUCCGGAAUUGACCAUCAUUCCCAGAAUCGGGUUGUGGCACAUCCACAGACAUCAGGACAGCUGCUAUGUCCGAUAUGCGUCAAAUUUUAUGGAAGGCAUCGGUCGGAUUGAUGGAGAGAUCAUGGAGACCCUAUGGUCACAUCUCAACCUGAUUUCCCCUGCUGCUCGGGGAAUGUCAUCCCCGCAUCGAAAGGAAUGUCUCGAUUAUCAGAUGAAUGAUUCCAAUUUCUGCAAGAUGAUCCGCAUGAAAAGGACCCUUUGCCGAAAAUACAAGCAGGCAAAGAAUGGCAUUGCCGAAAGUGAAAAGGCUUUCGACAUACUCAAUGAAGCAGCACCCGGCGAUUCAAAGACAGAGUGGCUAGCCAGCGAGAGGAUCGCGCAUCCAGCAGAACAAACAAUCCUGCGGCUAUGGAUGUAUAUGAGAUUAAUAUCAAGGGUUAGUUGA